AUGCUACCGGAGGGUUGCUUACCAGUAUGGUGGCAGAACCUGAGCUUCGUCUGUACUUUUGCGUCGUUAGCCAUCUCAGGGUUUGCCAUAACCAAACAUUUCUUGAACUACAGGAAACCGUUUGAGCAAAGAUUAGCUGUGAGGAUACAGCUAUUGGUUCCAAUAUUCAGUAUUACCUGUCUGGCGGCAACUAUUAUUCCACAAGUAAGCCAGCUGUACUUAGAUCCCGUACGAGAAGUUUACGAAGCGUUUGUGAUUUACACCUUCUUCUCACUGCUUACACUGAUAUUGGGAGGCGAACACCGAAUAAUAACUGAGAUUUGUUUAGAGCAUGUCCCGGCUACGCAUGCUAUCCCACUUGUUGGAAGAUUCUUAAGGAAGAUAGAUCUUUCAGACCCUGCAGAUUUCCUGAUGGUUAAGAGAGGGAUAUUACAAUACGUGUGGUUCAAACCAUUUUAUUGUUUGGGCAGCUUUGUGUGUUUAAUCUGGAACCUGCCGACUUUUGAGACUAUUUUACUAGUAUUGUACAAUGUGUCAGUUACGUGGUCGCUUUACAACCUGGCAAUUUUCUGGAAGUGUUUAUAUAAUGACCUGAAACGUUUCAACCCAUGGAGUAAGUUUCUAUGCGUGAAGCUGAUCAUUUUUGCUUCGUACUGGCAAGGAAUCGUCAUUAGAAUUCUUCAUAGUUUGGGCAAACUAAAAUCAGACAGCGACGUUGACGCCGGCUACAUCUAUCAAAAUGGACUACUUUGCGUAGAGAUGAUUGGAUUUGCAAUUUUGCAUUGGGUAGCAUUCUCCUGGGAAAACUAUACUACGAAAAAUUUACCACAAUGUGCAAGGUUUGAAUACUUGACUGCUAUCAAGGAUUGUUUUGGCUGUGGUGAUCUUGUAUGGGAUUUUAAAUCUGCAUUAAUGGGGCCCACUUAUUAUAAUUACCGUAAUUUUGAACCCCUGGCAGGCAGCUCACAAAUGGCCAGAGCUGACUCACUUUCAAGAAUGCGCAGACUAAAUCAGGGUUUUAGAUUCGAGAAUAGAGGUGAGCAGAGUCACUGGGUUGAUUAUGGUAGUAUUUCUUCUGGAAAUACUGGAAAGAAUAACGUUGAAGAGAAUCACGAUCAGUUAAACGAAUGGGACGACGGCAUUGCCAAACAGCGUUACAUUCCUACUGACCCAAAUUACCCAGUUGUAUCGGAUAUAGGAAGUAGCCAUCGUUAUAGCAGUGAUAUCGACCGGCUACGAAGAGAUGUACAUAGCAGAUCGAAUUUAGUAUGA